AUGGCUGAAUCAACUUCUGCUGUCAGCCAUCUUAAGUAUGGAAAUGUAUACAGAGCAGCAGAAAAUGGAAAGGAGCUGAACAUUCUCCGGAAAUUCUACAUGGAAAGACCGAACUCACCUAUCAAUGGUCGUGGUGACACAGUCCUCCAUACUCUCAUUCUAAAUCACAACACAAGUGCUGCCAGUGAGCUACUAAAGUUACCAGUCCAUGGCCUUACUGCAAAAAAUUGUAAAGGAAACACAGCAUUACAUGAAGCAGCAAAGGUUGGUGCUCUGGAGAUUGCAAAGUUAAUUGUCCAGAAGGAGGAGAGCCUAAUCAACGAACACAAUAAGAUGGGAGAGACACCACUGUACUGGGCAGCGGCUUAUGGACAAACAGAGAUGUUACAGUACUUAGCAACAAAUAUCUCAAAGGAUCACCCUGGGUUGAAAAGAAAUGAUGGCUGUACAGUUCUCCAUGCCGCUGUAAUGGGCAAGUUUUAUGGUCUAGCUUUAAAGAUAAUAGAUUGGUACCCAGAUCUUGCCAUUGUUUGUAACAAAAAGAGCAUCAUGGCUCUUCUUCUGCUAUGCGAAUCACCCUCUUCGUUCAAGAGCGGGACAUUUUACUCACAGAAUAAUAUGAUCAAGGCCCCCUUCAUUCCGCUUGCACUGUUGGCAUUAGUAAUCUACUUCUGUAAGUGGUUCUUGGAUGAUCAUCACCAGUGUCCCGUCUUCCUGCUAUUAGGGAGAGCUGAUUGA